AAACUGACUGAGACAGAACUGGGAGGGGUAUUCUGACGGGAGAAGGCUGGACUGUGAGCAGAUGGCCUUGAGCGUGGCUGACAGAGCCAUCGGGGCCAUUAUCGGCGCAGCGGUUGCAGAUGCAGCAGCCCAGCCGAUGCACUGGAUUUACAACCCGGACAGGCUGAAAGAAGUCCUCUCCGAUCUGGAGCCCUGUCCAGAGUUUCGGCCUCAGUCAGCAAAUCCUUUUUACCGCAGGACAACGGGCGAGCAGACCUGCUAUGGAGACCAGGCGUACGUCCUGCUGGAGUCACUGAGUCAGUGCGGAGAUGUUGAUGUGAAAGACCUGACCGAGCGCUUCUACAAGUUCUUUGGGCCAGGAACGGUGUACGAUCUGCCCCUCAACGAUCCUUACAGGAAAAAAGAUGGUCCCAAAGCCAUCCUUCCCAUUGACGGUCCAUGGAGGAACGGGAGCUUGAAGGCUUUCAUGAGAAAUGUUGAUGCCGGAAAAGAAGAAACAGGCUGUGACGUGGACUGUCAAAUGGACGGCGUCACCAAGCUCGCUCCAGUCGUUGCCAUGUUUGCUGGAAGACCUGAGAUGCUGGAGAAAGUGGAGAGUGCCAUGCGCGUCACCCAAAACAAUGACAUGUGUGUAGCUGUGACUCUGGCUGCUGCAAGGUUUCUGGAACAUUUCAUUCUGAAAGGCCCAGAUCCCAAAGCUUUGGACGCAGUUCUGGCUCAGCUGAGUGACCCCAACAGGAAGAACCCUCAGGAUCUGGACAGGGCUGUCAUUGCACAUCUCAGCCAGGUGAAGGAGAACCUAGCCAAAGCAUCCCAUCAGCUCAUACCUGCUGUGUUCACUAACACAUGAGCUUUGCCCGGUGCGUUCCAGGGAGCGCUGCACGGAGUCCUGACGCUGACUCAGCUGGAUGAGGCGGUCAGGGACACCAUGCGCCGAGGGGGAUGCACCGCCAGCCGAGCCUCCUUCAUUGGAGCCUGUUUCGGGGCACAGACGGGCCUCCAGGGAAUCCCAGAGUCGUGGAGGGAGAGGACGCUCAGAUACCCUGUGCUGUUGGAGCUGGCUAAGAAUAUGGUCAGCAAACAGCAGUAGUUUUAGCGUAACAUCAAUUAUUAACCAAAGUAGAGCCUUUUAGGAAAAUUACUCUCCUAUGUUACAGAUGUGCUUUGGCAUAGCAGUUCAUGAAAGUUGCAUUCUAAACUCUUAUGCUGAGUGUGACAUGAAAACGUUUGUUCUGUCAAAGCUUCAUUCUGUAAAAGAAACGAGAGAGAGAAAGUGUGUGUAACUCGUGUGUGUGCUCAAAAAUAAAAACUUUUUUU